AUGAGGUUGCAAGAACUUCAAGAUGCUAUAAACAAACUUCCAUUGAGACAUCCAGUCGACGUCAAAUUGUAUUGGAGAGCAUCAGAGUUAGGUCAGAAGGUUUUAUAUGAAACAGGUUGCUUUGACGAUGUUUAUGAGAUAACAGGAGAAGUUUCUCAAAAGAUAAGAGACUCACUUGAAUUUCCACGAACUGGACCCAUUGGUUGCGACAAGUUCGACUCAUAUGAAAAGAUAUACUAUGUCGACCUUAACGCUGCGUACAUGAGGUUUGUCCAAUAUAUCCCGACUGGAAUUCCAAACGAAGAUGGUGAGUUCCCGGGAAAGAACUAUACAGUUGGAAAAGUCAUACAACAAAUGUAUGAUAUUAGGAAAGCUUCAAACCCCAAACUUGCAAUGACACUCAAAUUGCUUAUGAAUUCGACAUGGGGAUAUUCCAUUAAGAAACCUCAAAAGAUGAAGAGUAAACACUAUGAGAAGGUCGACAACUUUGUUGAAAGGUUUUCUCCUUUUGUUUUGAAAUACGAGUUCACCGAAGGUCAAAAUGGCUUAGUAACCACAGUAAAACCUAUUGUCGAACAUUGGUCCUACCCUCAGUUCGCAAAGGCAGUCCUCGACAACUACAACAAAUUCUUCUCGGAAGUUAAAUCCAAAGUGAAGGUAUACUAUGAGAACAUCGAUGCACUCAUGACGAACGAAGAAGGAUACAACAAACUCAUUGAAAUGGGAAUGGUCGGUGAAAAGAUGGGCUUUUUUAAGCUAGACAAGGUAUUUUCCGAAGUUCAUGUCCUCUCCAAACGUAAGUACUGGGGAAUACUUGAAGACGGCACAGAAAUAAAACAUUGCAUGAAGUAA